AUGGAUGGAUCAGUAGACGCCAAGGAUGUUCGCGCCUUUCUCUUGUCUCGCUAUGGAAUCGAGCUCACCAAAGAUCAGGUCCGGACUGUGAUCUUCAGGGGACUUGCAGGAGGAGAAGGUGAAGAUGAUGCCAUUGAUAUUCUGGAAAUCGUCGCCAUCUUGAUGAUUCCCAUGCUUGUCAAAGUAUCUGAUGAGCUUCUAGGGAGUAGGCCAGGAGGCGCCCGAAUGUCGUCCAUUGAUGAAGCCAAAAAGCGUCUCUUGCCGCCAGCGACCAUCAUUGAGGACGUUUUGCGAGACAUUCUUCGUGACACCACUGGUGGGGACUAUGAUGUAGAGCAUCCACCACCAUUGACACCUGCGUUAAUGAGACAAAUCUUUUUGGAAUAUGAUGAGUUGGAGCUGGUUCGUGAUGAUGAUCUGAUUCAGCAAAUGAUCGACAUGGUGUCAGAAUCAUCCAAAAGCGAUAAAUUGAAGGAUGGCGACGAAGCAUCUUCAUCGCCAGUUCUCGAUUCGAAAACGUUUGCAGGCGCAUUGACAAAAGACACAAAUCUAUACAAUCCUGAAACUGAAACUCGCUACUCAGAGGUGCUCGACGAUGUUUUCCCAGAUGGAUUUGAGGAAGACGUAACAAAUAUCAAGAAUACAGAAGAAUCUGCCAACGGCCCCCCUUCACUCGUUGGGGAAACCUUUCGAACAGUCACUACAUUUUCACACAUGGAUUAUACCGCUGACAAUUUCGUCCAUGUGAUUCACGUGGUCUUGGUUUGGCUGGUUGUCGUAUUUUCAUACUUCUGGUACAUGAAUGGGGUCGGGACUCCUGAAUUCCUUGUGGACAGUUCCGACAAUUUUGGACGCCGUGUUGGGUUUGCUGUCUUUCGGUGGACACUUACAAUGUUGAAGCUUGUAAUUGUCGGGUCGGGAGUCAGUUUUCUGCUGGCGCUAGGGAAUGGAGUAUUCCAAAAGUCUAUUGUGGAGCCUAUCGUCGGCCUUGCCUCCGUUGCAGUUUUGGUAUUCCUGCCGUACUAUUUUCCAGAGAAAAACUUUGUGUUCAAUACAGCUCUCGAAGAACCCUCACAUGAACACUACACCUACAGCGAGUUGCUUAACAUGAUGAUUGUCUUCGGAGUCCUAUUAAUCAUUAUCCAACUGAAAAACUUGAUGACUAUUUUCUUUGGCAAGGGCGAUUACUUGAAAAAGAAUCCUGCUUUUGUUUUCAUGGAGAAUGUUCUUGGGAGUAAUAUCAACCGAGCGUAUCGUAGCAAACAAGCAGCUGUUUACAAGAUCAAUGAAAUGGCUCGCAGUGCGUAUGAUUUGCAUCAGUUGGACGAAAAGGCAGCAGGUAUCACUAAACUCAAGCGGGAAGUCAGCAUCCAAGAAAGUGGCAGUCAAACCCCCAUAUCAAAUUCGAAAGUGGGAAACGAAGGCAACCGCCAACAGACUGGACCUGGUGGCAGAUCAAGUCGUGAAAUAGCAUUGCAGAAGUACAAUGACCUCGUUGAUGAAUCUGAAGAAGUGGGGGGCAUAAUCUGGGCUUGGAAGGGUUACAUCUCUGGUAAUCUGGGGGUCACUGAAGGAGUCUGGUUACCAUCACGGCUGAUUGCUGCGAAUGCGAUUCUCUUUGUUACAAUAGUUGUCGUCUUGUACAUUUGCACAAUCAUUUUCACCGGCUUUAUCUGGGAACUUGAGGAUCUCUACAAUACAGUUGCGCUGAAGGAAGUCAUUUACAACGAACAGUGCUUCACAGAGUUUGACUACAAUGACUGCUACUUUCCCUUUGAAGAGGCUUCAUUCUACAGCGGUGUUGCAGUUUGUCGAGAUGUAUCAUUAUCCGGCCCAGGGUGCAUGGACCUCUUUGAGGAAGUCACGCCGGAAAGCACGUUUGGAUCUGCUAUCGGAAACAUCUGUGACUCGUUCAAUGCCGCUUUUGCGCCAUUUGAGCUGCAAGUUGGAGAUCUAUUAGGAGGUGCCUCGUGUCCCUAUGUUUUGGAUGCAGCCAAACAAUCCGUAAUCGAAAUAUUGGCCGAAUUCAAUUAUUCUCCAAACGAUGCCGAGAUGCUCUACAACGCGUGCUACCGCAUUAAUUACAUGGAAGAUGAGGAUAUCUCCAAGUUCAACGAAUGGUUUGACGAUGACACAUGGUACCCAGACAUUACUGAUGAGACCCUUACUGGCUGCGAUAUAGUUUCAUCGAUUGUGAGUAACGAGACUUUCGUCAAUAGCUUCACGGGACGUGAAGAAGCUGCAUACGUAUCAUUCCAGAUAUGCAUGGCAAUCUACAAGUCUUUGACUCCCAGGCCAUUCUGUGAACAGCCUUUGUACGAUCAUAUCGAGAGCAUCAUCACAUAUGAAAGGAAUCGCACCGAUACCGAGUUUUGCUACUCUUAUUUAAGUUAUUGUGUAGCAGACCCAUACAAUCCGUCUCGAGGCACAUGCGUCAUCGGAGAAGCCGAUCAGAAGUACUAUCGAUUCGAAGGAAGCACCUGCGAUGAAUACCCAACGCCUUGGUUGUUGACUCUGACGGCUGCUAUGGGUAUUAUCGGAGGACUGAUUGCAGCUCUUGCGACGACCUUGGUGUACAUUCCCUCUUCCAUCCACACAAUCUUGAAAUUCAGAAGUGGUGUCAUCGCAUCUUUAAAGGACCCAAAAUUCAUUGAUUAUAGGAAGAAUCUGCACAAUCAGACCUACCUGAUUGGUUCGAUGUUUUGGGGGUUGAUAAUUUCCACAGCUAUUGUGACUUUCUUGACCGCGGGAAUCACCUUUCUGCUCGUAUGGCCCACAACCCGUCCUAUUGUUGUGGAAAUUGCUACACAAGCUAUCGGUAUUAUAAUCACAGUUCUUGUGAAGGUCGUAGUGUGCUUCGUGGCAAUGCGAAGUGCCUAUUCUGGAUUCUAUCGAAGCAAACCGAUGUUUGCAAAUGUUUUCAACGUCGCGCUUGAGUGCUGGGCCUUAGCGUUGACUUUGGCAUUAGUAGCAGGUCGCCUCGUCAAGUUCCUGGUUAUUACAAGUUUCUAUGUGGGAAGAAUCGACCGGCCAGUUCUUGCAGAUGGGCUUUUCUUGCAGGUCGAUAUGUUGCCAUUGGUCUUCCGGCAGAACCUUCUGUCAACUGAAUCCCAUCGUCGCCCCUACAUCGAAAUGCUAGGUCAGAUGUACUUAAUGAAACUUCGCCACAGAGAGAACUUUGGUUCCAAGGCUGGUUCCAUCUGGAGACUGUUGUUUGUUUCGGCAUUGAUGCCGUGGUUGAAGAAGAAACGCAUCCAGGACAACAACAUCAAACUUGAAACAUUGAGAUCCUUCGUGGAAAAUCAAGGAUCCUCAAAACGAAUUCAAGAUGCUAGUGUAGAAGUCCAAUAUACCAUGCCAGCACACAAAGAGAAUGCCGAUGAAGCCACGGAGCCCGCGUGA